AAAAACCAAACCAAACGUGCAAGUUUUUUUUCGAGUGUAAACAAAAACAAACGAUAAAUGUAAUUAAAUAUCUCAAAUCACUGUAAAUUAAUAUUUAAUAUUAAGAAAGAGCAAAGUGUGGUUUCUAUGCAUGUAUAAAACACAAACAACAACAACGACGACAAAACAAACAAACAAACACGAGUGAUUGAAUUUACGGUACCCCCUUAAUGUGUCAUUUGCAUAGCUCUCGCCCCACUGUGCACGCGACGUGUUUGCAAUUUUUUUAAAUUGUAGCCGCAACGAAACGUCGUCCAGUUGCUUUUAAACUGUUGUUCUCGUUCCGUCAAAUUUUUUGUACCUUUUUUUUUUUUAAUUUUAUUUGGUUUUUGUUUGUUUUUGCAAUACGCGCCAAGUCGUCAGCUGAGCGUGCAGCAAACAGCCGCCAAAAUUGAGCUGUUAAGCGCGCCCACAAUCUCGAUAUCGACGGUAGUGCCCACCGCGUCGCCAUCGCCGCAGCAUCAUCUGCAGCCGCAGCAGCAGCAGCAAGGGCCGUAUCAUCAACAGCAGCAGCAGCAGCAUUACGGGCAGCCCCAACUGCCGCCGCUGCCCUCACCAUACUUUCAGCAUCUGCAACAACAACAACAGCAGCAGCAACAACAACAACAGUUACAACACAUGAAGUUUCUGGGCGGCAAUGAUGAUCGCAACGGACGCGGCGGCGUCGGCGUUGGUAGCGACGCAAUCGUCGUAGGCGGGACACGCGGUUCCAAUUCGCAGGACGUGGACGCAGCGAGCGCUGCGGCAGCCGCUGCUGCCGUUGGCUUCGUUUUUCAGCAGCGCCCCUCGCCCGGUGGCGGCGCUGGCGUCGGCGUCGGUCCCGUUGGCUCCACCUUGCAAGACGCCGCAGCCGCCGAAUAUGCGGCGCACUUUGCCCAAAAGCAGCAGCAAACGCGUUGGGCAUGCGGCGACGAGCACGGCAUCGAUAAUCCGGAUAAAUGGAAAUACAAUCCACCCAUGAAUCCGGCGAAUGCCGCGCCCGGUGGCAACAACGGCGGCCCCGGAGCCAUAGGCACCAUUGGCAUGGGCGCGAGCAGUGGUCUGGGCGGCAUGGGCGCCGGCAGCGGCACCAACGGGGGACUGCAUCAUCCAUCGAUGGCGGCCGCAGCGGCCAAUAUGGCUGCCAUGCAACAGGCAGCCGCCGUAGCCAAGCACAAUCACAUGAUGUCGCAGGCGGCCGCCGCAGUCGCUGCACAACAGCAACAACAACAGCAGCAGCAGCAGCAACAACAGCAACAACAACAAAAUGCGCAGGGACCGCCGCAUCAUCUUAUGGGCGGCGGCAAUGGGCUGGGCAAUGGCAAUGGGCUAGGCGGCCUGGGUCAGCCGCAUCCCGGCCAGCAAGUUCAACAACAACAACAACAACAGCAGCAACAACAACAACAACAACAGCAGCAGCAACAACAACAACAACAACAACAACAACAGGGCCAACAACCCAACCAGGCACAUCUCGGCCAGCAUCAAUAUAACUCGAAUCUGCUCAGCCAUGUGAUGAACAACCAGGUGGCUGCUGCCGUCGCCGCCGGCGCCACCAUGGGCCAUAUGCCGCCCUACGCCCAGUCGGCUGCCAGCGGCAGCAUGUACGAUCAUCAUGGAGGAAACGCACUGCAUCCGGGCAUGAAUGGCGGCAUGCCGAAGCCACCGCCACCGCUGGGUCCCGGCGGACCACAGGAUUUCGUCUAUAUGGGCGGGCAGCCGCAUGCCGCUGCUGCCGCCGCCGCGGCUGCAGCCAUGGGCGCAGCUCUAAUGCCGCCGCAGAAUCAAUAUAUGAACAACUCGGCCGCAGCAGCCGUCGCCGCCGCCAAUCGGAAUGCAGCGAUUACCACAUCGACUGCCAAGAAGCUAUGGGAGAAGUCGGAUGGUAAAAGUGGCGCCUCCAACACACCAGGCGGCCCAUUGAAUCCACUGCAGAUACCCGGCGUUGGCGAUCACUCGUCCGUUUGGAAGGAUCACACAUGGUCCACACAGGCCGAGAAUAUACUGGCACCGCCCAGGCCACGUGGUUAUCCGCAUGGCGGCGCUUCAGAUAACUCGAACAGCGGCAAUGCGGGCAUAUUGAGCCCCCGCGAUUCAACAUGCGUCAAGAUGGUUGAAUUCGUUCUGGGCGGCUCACCCACCAAUAAGGAGAGUCCCUUGUCCAGCUUGGAGCCGCGUAUGCGCAAUUUAAAAUUUGACGAUAAUGAUAAGUCACAUGACGAUAAGGAAAAGGCAAACUCUCCGGUGGAUACAAAUGGCUUAAAGAAGGACGACCAAGUCACAAACACAAAUGGAGUCGUGAAUGGCAUUGACGAUGAAAAGGGAUUCAACCGCACUCCCGGCUCCCGUCAGCCAUCGCCCGCUGAAGAGACACUGCCACGCCCACCCACUUUACUGGAUCCGACACACCACGGCGGCUUCCCACAAAUGCCGCACUUCAAUCACAUGCUCAUGGAUCAUGGCCAGGGUCAUGGCAUGGGCAACAAUUCGGUGGGUGGCGGAGGCGGUGGCGCUGCCUAUGCACAUCAGCAGAUGGCGGCGCAAAUGAGUCAAUUGCAGCCACCGAUGAUGAAUGGAGUUGGUGCCGGAAUGCCAAUGGCCGCACAGUCACCUAUGUUGAACCAUCAGGGAGCACAAGCAGGCGGACCCAAUCAUAUGGAAUCUUCAGGCAAUCUCUUGCAGCAGCAGCAGCAACAGCAGCAAAAUUUUGAUGUACAGGUAAGUUCAAGUCCUGCGAAAGGCGUCGCCUACAUUUGGCCCGAAUAUUGCGUAAGUGACGACGUGCUUUCGCUUGCUUUGAGUCAGAAUCAACAACUUUUUCGCUCACAGAAUCCGGGUCUAGCGGCUGCGGCCGCUGCGGCCACAUCGGCAGCAAGUGCAGCGGCCGCAGCCGGCGGAGCACCACCCAAUGGCUCAAUGCAGGCCUCGCAGCAGCAGCAGCAGCAGCAACAGAUGCAAAUGGCGGCUGCGUCGCAACAGUUUUUGGCCGCACAACAGGCGCAACAGAAUGCGGCAUAUGCAGCACAGCAGGCGGCCCCGUAUGUCAUCAAUCCCGGACAGGAGGCGACGCCGUAUCUGAGCAUGAUUUCUGCCGCUCAAAUGGCCCCAUAUUAUGGCGUUGCCGCGCCGUGGGGCAUGUAUCCGAAUCUGAUACCACAGCAGGGCACACAGCCCCGCCGCCCCCUGACGCCCUCGCAGCAGGGCGCCGAGAAUCAGCCGUAUCAGGUCAUACCGGCCUUCUUCGAUCAGAGCGGCUCGCUUGUGAUGGGACCACGCACCGGCACGCCCAUGCGUCUGGUUAGCCCCGCCCCCGUGUUGGCGGUGCCACCGGGCGCAGCACGUGCCGGUCCGCCGCCGCCCCAGGGCCCACAACUGUAUCAACCGCAGCCGCAGACGGCCCAACAGAAUCUCUACUCACAGCAGAACGGUUCCAGUGUCGGAGGCCUGGCAUUGAACACAAACUCGUUGACUGGUCGUCGCGACUCGUUCGAUCGCACCACAUCCGCCUUCAGCCCCUCGGCCAUGGACUACACCACAAGCAGCGUUGCCGCCGCCGCCGCCGCGAAUGCGGUCAACAGCAGCGUGGCCCAAGCCGCAGCAGCUGCGGCCGCAGCACGCGCCAAGUGGCCCGGCGCCAUGUCGAAUGCGAGCGCGUAUGGAUCGCUUGGCGCAGCGGCGGUAAACGCCUCGGCCAGUCCGUUGGGCGCACCGCUGACACCGCCGCCGACGGCUCAGUCGUGCCUGAUGGGCGGCAAUCGUGCUCCUGGUGCCGAGUCGCGCCAGCGCCAGCAGAUGGCAGUGGGUCUGCCGGCGGCGUCAGCGGCAGCGGCCGUUGCCGCCGCGGCCAACAAUAUGUUUGGCUCGAACAGUUCGCUCUUCUCGAACCACCUGGCCUUGCCGGGCACCACGCCCGCGGCCGUGGCCGCUGCCGUGGCGAAUUCGCGGCAGGCCGCCGCCGCAGCUGCUGUGGCAGCUGCCGCUGCUGGUGCAGCUGGUGCGCCACAGCCGGGCAGAUCACGACUGCUGGAGGAUUUCAGAAAUCAGCGCUAUCCGAACUUGCAGCUGCGCGAUCUGACCAAUCACAUUGUCGAGUUCUCGCAGGAUCAGCACGGCUCGCGGUUCAUCCAACAGAAACUGGAACGUGCCACAGCCGCCGAGAAGCAGAUGGUCUUCAAUGAGAUACUGGGCGCCGCCUACAGCCUGAUGACGGACGUCUUUGGCAACUAUGUCAUACAGAAGUUCUUUGAAUUCGGCACUCCGGAGCAAAAGAACACGCUGGGCAUGCAAGUCAAGGGUCAUGUGCUGCAGCUGGCGCUCCAGAUGUACGGCUGUCGCGUGAUCCAGAAGGCGCUCGAGAGCAUCUCGCCCGAUCAGCAACAGGAGAUCGUUCACGAGCUGGACGGACACGUCCUCAAGUGUGUCAAGGACCAGAAUGGCAACCAUGUCGUACAGAAGUGCAUCGAAUGCGUCGAUCCCGUUGCCCUGCAAUUUGUCAUCAAUGCGUUCAAGGGUCAGGUCUAUUCGCUGAGCACACAUCCCUACGGCUGCCGGGUCAUUCAACGCAUCCUCGAGCACUGCACUGCCGAGCAGACCACGCCCAUUUUGGAUGAACUGCAUGAGCAUACCGAGAACUUGAUCCAAGACCAAUAUGGCAACUAUGUCAUACAACAUGUUCUAGAGCACGGCAAACAGGAGGACAAAUCGAUACUGAUUAAUAGUGUGCGCGGCAAGGUGCUCGUGCUAUCACAGCACAAGUUCGCCUCGAACGUGGUGGAGAAGUGUGUGACACAUGCCACGCGCGGCGAGCGCACCGGCCUCAUCGAUGAGGUGUGCACAUUUAAUGACAAUGCCUUGCACGUCAUGAUGAAGGAUCAGUAUGCCAACUAUGUGGUGCAGAAGAUGAUUGACGUCUCGGAGCCGACGCAGCUGAAGAAGCUGAUGACCAAGAUACGACCCCACAUGGCCGCCUUGCGCAAAUACACUUACGGCAAGCACAUUAAUGCCAAGCUGGAGAAGUACUACAUGAAGAUAACCAAUCCCAUAGCCGCUGCCACGGCCAGCGCUGGCAUCGCCAGCGGGGCCAGCACAGCAACCACAACCACAGCAAACAGCGCUGCAGCCGGAACCGGAGCGAGUGGCGCGCCCUCAUCCACGUCGAUGGUGGCCGCCGGCGCAGUUACCACAACCACCACCAACAGCAUUGCAUCGCCCAGCAUUUGUGCCGUGCAGGAGAAUGGCGGCAUCUCGAUGGCCGAGCCCACAUCGCCAGCCAGCUCGGAGUCGUCCGGCACUGUGGUGGUCGGCGGGCUCGGUCCCAUCGGGCCACCCACAACAGCCAAUGGAGUGUUGUAAAGUGGCGAAUUGCGAGGCGCGCUAUCGAAUUUUAGUUUUUAGUAUUUGGAUGAAGGAAAAGGAAUAUGAGGAGAGCAGUAAAAGCAAAGCGAAUGCUUACUAUAAAUAUUAUAAAAAAAAUAUACAUAAUAAUAAUAAUACUAAUAAUUAUAAAAAUAAAUCUAAUGUAAUUUAUUUAUAAACACAACGCAGAACAAGAACAAAACUGCAGACACACAACAAAACAAAAAUGAUUUAAACUCAGCCCACGAACGGCUCGCGGAGAUCGACUCCAACUUGUGGAGCAAUCGAUAAAUUGUAUAUUCAAUUGUAACAAAACACAAAAAAAAAGAAUCAAAAUAUGAUCGUUAAACGCUUUUGUAAAGUGCGUAAUACUAACACACACUGACACACACACAAGCAUACACUGAGAGAAACACAAACUCGAUAAAAGCAACAAGUGCGCGAAAUUCUGCGCGAUCAAUUUUUUUUUUAUUUGUAAAUGUUGCGUCACAGAAAAUGUGUGAAAAGAAAAGCUAUCGAAAUAAAAAAUCGAGCAAAGAAAAUGGAAAAACAAAAGAAAAUCAUGUCUGCGUACAUUAUCGAUGUAACAACUUUUCAAGAAAAAAAAAAGAAAAACAAAAUAAUUUGUAAAUGUUUAAGCAAGUCGACUGUAAAUUUGAUUAUUUAAACAAAAGCGCGUGACGUUCCGUUGCGAAACAGAACAGAUUGAAGAGCACAUGAAGAAGAAGAAAGUAAGCAUAGAAUUUAACUGCAACCAUUUCAAACAUAUACAUAUAAAUAUAUAUAUAUAUAUAAAUAUUAUAAAAUAUACAAUACAACAUAAUGAACAACUUAAAUGUAGCAUGUAGGCUAAAGAGCAAACAAAUUCAAUAUGUGUAAAGAACUUCGUUAUAUAAAAGCCAGCAGCACACACACACACCAACACACUCACGCACACCAACACACACACACACACACACACACAAUUAUGAACUCUUUAGCGUUGCGUUUUGCAACAAUUUCACGUCGCUUUUGCGCUAUGUAAAAUUUUGUACAAAAAAAAAAACAAACAAACAAAAAAAAAAACUAAAACUGAAACCAUGUAAAACAAUGUAAUAAUUAUUAAAUUUAUUUUUUUGUCAAUUUGUUCACUUGUAAAAUUCAAAACUGUUUUGUAAAAUUCUCAUUAAUUUUAAUCGAACAUUUGUUUGUAAAUUGCUUGUAAACAAAAACAAAAUAUUGUUAAAAAAAAAAACACACACACAUACCCAAAUUCAAAGAAGACACACACUCACAUACAUUUACAUAUAUAUAUAUAUACACAUAUAAAGAAAAUACGCAUGCAUUUUAGCAAUUAAAGCAUGCUCUAUACAUAUGUCUAUAUACAAACUAUAUAUAUAUAUAUACAUUCAUAUUUGUAUUUUGUAAAUUGUUUCGUUUUAAGCGCCCCCCACACACACACUCACACAGACACACAUUCACACACACACACAUAUACACGCAUUGUAUUUAUAUAUAUAGAAUUGUAGAAACGCGCUUCUUCGGGCCGUCGAAACGAACUCUUUUUCUGUUUAGCCACUAAGAUUUAACUGAUUACUGAUUUAUGAUUUCUCUUUUAAGUUUCUUUUAGUUAUAACGAUUUUUCAAAGAUAUAUAGAUAUAUUUUUUUAACAAGCAAUUCACUCUCAACCAGAACCUACAAAUGUAAAACAAAUUAAUUAAUACCAUAAAUGCAAAUAUAUUCGAAAUCCACUUUUAA